AUGAGUCACACACACACAACAGCUCAGAAGACGGCUCUGAUCGUGUACGCUCACCAGAGCCCGGGCUCGUUCAAUGCGGCGGUUCGUGACGUGGCGGUUCAGGAGCUGACGGAGCAGGGAUACAGGGUCAUCGUGUCCGACCUGUACGCCAUGAACUUCAGAGCCAGCGCCACACAGGACGACAUCACUGGUGACCUGAAGAACUCAGAGCUGUUCCAGUAUGGAGAGGAGACCAUGCACGCCUGGGUGGAAGGCCGCCUCAGUGACGACAUCGUAGCCGAGCAGCGCAAAGUGCAGGAGGCCGAACUCAUCAUCUUCCAGUUUCCUUUGUACUGGUUCAGUGUACCUGCCAUCAUGAAGGGCUGGAUGGACAGAGUGCUGACACAAGGCUUCGCUUUCUCCCUGGAAAAGAUGUACAAUAACGGAAUAUUCAAGGAUAAAAAAGCCAUGUUGUCCUUCACAACUGGAGCAACACAGACCAUGUUCCAGCCCGAUGGCAUCAACGGAGACAUCAACAUCACACUGUGGCCUCUACAGAAUGGCACACUGCACUUCUGUGGAUUUCAGGUUCUCGCUCCUCAGAUAUUCUGGAGUCCGGCUCACUGUCCCCCAAUGGUGCGAACCGCAAUGCUAGAAGGGUGGCGAGCCCGACUAAAAGGACUGCUGGCAGAGAAGCCUUUGACUUUUGCCCCCUCUGAGCUGUUUGACCUCAGCUUCCAGGGGGGGUUCUUGCUUCGGCCCAAAGUGAGGGAGGAGCGAGAGUCACAGCCCUACGGCCUCACCACAGGACACCAUCUGGGAAAGCCGCUGCCGCCUGACAACCAGACCAGAGCUCAGCCCACAGAAGAAAACAAACCAGACUGCUCGAACUAGGACCUUCUCUUCACUCAUGAAUGUGUCUUUAAAUCCAUCUUUAUAUGUCAAAAGAUCACUUUGAUACUAAAGUUUGUGAUUUUAUAAAAGCUUUGUUUGCUGAAGCUGAAAUAAAAACAUCUAAAUAAUGACUAACAUGAAUUUAUUUAAGUGAAAUUAUGCACAUUUUAAUUUGGCUAAACCAUAUUAGUGGCAGUGGUGGAAAAUAACAUUUAUUAAUUUAUGCUUAAGAUGAUAAUGUCCAUUCUUUAUUACACUAUAUUUAGCUGAAAAUACUCGGACUUGAUUUUGAUUUGAUGUACAAAGACCCAAAAUGACUAAAGUCUGGGAUCAUUUUGUGUCUCUCUAGGAUCGUUGUGUGUCCUUUUGUGGUUAUUUUUCGUCUAUUUGUUGUGGUUUUUGUAUCUGUGGUGGUUUUGUGUCUCUUAAGUACACUGCCACAGCCUGAAGGUCUGUGCUGGUUCUACACACUAUGCUUAUGUUUAUGUUCUCCACAGAACAAGGAGCAGCGGGUAGGCCCAAACACGACCAACAGGGAACCGUGUCAAGAAGUUGACAUAUGAAAAGUGCAGAUCCACUGUAAAAGUUGAAAGUUAAA